GGACAAAGUCAUUUUCACAGCAAAUAUUCUUCUACAUUAUAUAAUUUGGUAGAAGAAAUUAUUUUAGUGAGAAGAGUGGAGUGUUGCAUCACAAAAUCUUGAUAAAUCUCAACGGCAAAAUACGUUUGAAUAAUGCAGUAUGAUAUACAGUAUGUUAUAUGUGCUGUUGUGAUUAAAGAUGCCUAUAUUCUAAAGCAGACAAGCUUUUUCAGGACCUCAGUUAUGCAGUCUGAGUACUUCAUAAGUUAUACCAAAUCAUUCACCAGAUAUAUAUCUUUGUUCUCUCCGUUUGCUUUCCCAAUCUACUUCAAGACAACAUUUGAAUGCUUUUCCAGGAGCUGAUCAUAUAAAAGCCUCCAGGAUUGUAUACAAUAUCACUGUUUCUUUUCAUUUUCCUUCCUGUAAAUCUGGAAGAAACCGAGGGCCUGGCACCAGCAGUGUUUCAUUUUUCAUGGUAAAAGGUACUUUCAGUGAGAUUUAGAUGAGAUAGAACAGUUGAAAGGCACAAAAACUCAUCAUGCCAAGCAAUGCAGUCAUAAUUUUUCUUUUGUUUCUUAGCAUCUCUUUUUUUCCGGCCACCUCUGCCUUGAACCAAGAGGGUCUCUCUCUACUUUCAUGGCUUUCAUCUUUUGAGUCUUAUUCUUCAACUAAUUUUUUCACUUCUUGGAAUCCAACACACCAAACUCCAUGUAACUGGGACUACAUCAAAUGUUCCAGUGACGGUUUUGUUUCAGAAAUCACUAUAACUUCUAUUCACAUUCCUACAAAAUUCCCCUCUCAGCUUCUCUCUUUUAGUCAUCUCACCACUCUAGUACUUUCAAAUGUGAACCUCACCGGAGAAAUUCCCACUGAAAUUGGAAAUUUGUCUUCAUUGAUCAACUUGGACAUUAGCUUCAAUGCUUUGACAGGGAAGAUUCCAUCUGAAAUAGGAAAGUUAGCUGCGUUGCAGUUACUGUCACUUAAUUCGAAUAUCUUACAUGGUGAGAUACCGAAAGAAAUCGGAAACUGUUCGAAGCUUCGACAGCUUGAGCUGUUUGAUAACCAACUCUCAGGAAAGAUUCCAGAUGAAAUAGGAGAGUUGUGGGAUCUACAAAUUAUCCGGGCAGGUGGUAAUGCAGGAAUUCAUGGUGAAAUUCCAGAAAAAAUAUCAAACUGCAGGGAGCUAGUGCUUCUUGGUCUUGCUGAUACAGGGAUUUCAGGACAGAUUCCAACUAGUAUUGGGAAGCUGAAGAAUCUGAAGACUCUUUCAGUCUACACUGCCAACAUCACUGGUUACAUCCCAGCAGAAAUUGGCAACUGCUCAGCUUUAGAGGACUUGUUUCUCUAUGGAAAUCAAAUUUCUGGGAAGAUUCCUGAAGAAUUGGGUUUAUUGAAAAAUCUAAAAAGGUUGUUAUUAUGGCAGAAUAAUCUGCUUGGGAGCAUUCCUGGAAGUUUGGGGAAUUGUUCUAGUUUAACAGUUAUUGAUGUCUCUUUGAAUUCUCUAAGUGGUGAAGUUCCAGUGUCUCUUUCAAAUUUAAUUGCAUUGGAGGAGCUUCUUCUGUCUGUGAACAAUAUUUCUGGAGUGAUACCAACAUUUUUUGGUAAUUUUUCAAGUCUAAAGCAACUGGAAUUGGAUAACAACAAUUUUUUUGGUGAGAUUCCAACCACUAUUGGGCAGUUAAAGGAGCUUUCACUGUUCUAUGCCUGGCAGAAUCAGCUACAUGGAAGCAUACCAAAUGAACUAGCCAAGUGUGAGAAACUUCAAGCAUUGGAUCUUUCACACAAUUUCCUUACUGGGUCAGUUCCGAGUUCUCUUUUCAAUCUCAAGAACUUAAGUCAGUUGUUGUUGAUCUCAAACAGAUUUUCAGGUGAAAUUCCACGCAAUAUUGGAAGCUGCACUGGCCUGAUCCGGCUAAGAUUUGGAUCAAACAACCUCUCUGGUCAUAUUCCGUCAGAAAUAGGGCGUUUACAUAGACUGAGCUUUCUUGAGUUGGCAGAAAAUCAAUUCAUGGGAGACAUUCCUCCUGAAAUUGGUAACUGCACUCAACUAGAGCUGGUAGAUUUGCAUAAAAAUAAACUUCAAGGAAAAAUCCCAACAUCUUUCGAAUUCCUUGUUGGUCUUAAUGUUUUAGACCUCUCAAUGAACAGAAUAGGAGGCACAAUUCCUGAAAUUUUGGGCAAGCUGACAUCAUUAAACAAACUAAUAAUCAGUGAAAACAACAUUGCUGGUUUGAUUCCAAAGUCACUAGGACUCUGUAAGGAUAUGCAGCUGUUGGAUUUGAGCAGCAAUAAAAUCACAGGUUCCAUCCCUGAAGAGCUUGGUCGCUUACAAGAGCUUGAUAUCCUCUUGAAUUUGAGUUGGAAUGAUUUAACAGGCCCCAUUCCAGAAAGCUUUAUAAACCUUUCAAAGCUUGCCAACUUAGACCUCUCCAACAACAUGCUAUCUGGAAGCUUGAAAAUUCUGGGUAGUCUUGACAACCUUGUUUCACUGAAUGUCUCAAACAAUAAUUUUUCAGGUCUCCUUCCCAGUACUAAGCUCUUUCACGACCUUCCGGCUUCAGCAUUUUCUGGGAAUAAAGAGCUCUGCAUUAAUAGAACUCAGUGUCACAUAAAUGACAAUCUUCAUGGAAAGAAAUCCACCAAAAAUGUUGUCAUCUGUGCUUUUCUCAGUGUAACAGUUACUAUGCUGAUUAUAAUCUUUGGAGUUAUGGUAUUUAUCAGAUUUUUUGGAGACAAAUCUAAAGGGAAUGAUGAAGAAGAAAAUAAUUUGGAGUGGGAUUUUACCCCAUUUCAAAAGCUUAAUUUCUCUGUAAAUGAUAUUGUGACAAAGCUAUCGGAUACAAAUGUCGUUGGCAAGGGUUGUUCCGGGGUGGUUUAUCGUCUUGAGACUCCGACAAAACAGGUUAUUGCAGUGAAGAAGCUAUGGCCAUUGAAAAAUGGUGAGCUGCAAGAGAGAGACUUGUUUUCUGCAGAAGUCCAGACACUCGGAUCAAUAAGGCAUAAAAACAUAGUCAGGCUUCUGGGGUGUUGCAACAAUGGAAGAACUAGAUUGCUCUUGUUUGAUUACAUCAGUAAUGGGAGCUUGGCUGGAUUGCUCCAUGAGAAGAAGGUUUUCUUGGAUUGGGAUGCAAGGUUCAAGAUUUUACUGGGAGCAGCUCAUGGUUUAGCAUAUCUUCACCAUGAUUGCAUCCCUCCAAUAGUUCACCGCGACAUCAAGGCCAACAACAUCUUGGUUGGACAGCAAUUCGAAGCAUAUCUUGCAGAUUUUGGACUUGCUAAGCUUGUUGGUUCUUCAGAAAAUUCAAGAGUUUCCAACAUAGUUGCAGGGUCCUAUGGCUACAUUGCUCCUGAAUAUGGCUACAGCUUGAAGAUCACAGAAAAGAGUGAUGUGUAUAGCUAUGGAGUGGUUCUUCUAGAGCUCAUAACUGGAAAGGAACCAACUGAUAAGCAAAUUCCAGAUGAUGCCCACAUUAUUACUUGGAUCAACAAGGAACUUAGAGAAAAGAAAAAUGAUUUCACAACAAUUCUUGACCAGCAACUGCUACUGAGAUCGGGUACACAAAUUCAAGAAAUGCUUCAAGUUCUAGGGGUGGCUCUCCUUUGUGUAAACUCUUGCCCCGAGGAACGGCCAACAAUGAACAAUGUAGCAGCAAUGCUCAAGGAGAUCAGACAUGGAAAUAAUGAAGAUAUAGAAAAGUCAAAUUCUCUUGGAAGAGUAGUGUCCAAACCAAAAGCAGCAGUUCACUGUUCUAGUUUUUCCAGAUCAUCGGAACCUCUAAUUAGAUCACCGCCAUCCUAAUUGCAUCUAUCAAUAUUUUCUUCUUCAAGUAACAAAAUAAUUUGUAUAGUUUGAUAACAAUGUAGUAUUAAUAAUUGUCAUUCAACUGUUCGUUCAUUGACUAGAAGUGUGGUACUCAGUCUUGUAAAUAUACAUGUAGUUCAACCUUCUUCAAAUGGCAUGGUUCAAAAUAUGAAAAA